UUUAGGGUCAACAUUCGUUUUAUAGCGACCCCGCGACAAAUUCUUAUUUUAAAUUAUGAAUGCAGAUUCAAAUUUACAAGGCUGUGGCUUGUGUGUGUUUGUGAUGUGAUUGUGAUGUGUUUUGGAAAAUGUGGGAUAAUUUCUUCUACGCGAAGUCUGUGAGGAAAAAGUGUGGAGCUUAGGUCACAAUGUCGUCCGGCAGUUGCUCCGGGCCGGGUAUCUGCGGGGGGGCCCGUCGACGGCCUCCCCCCCCGCCAGAGCCGGCGCUAUCUCUAGCAGCCGACCUGAGCGAGCUGAGCCUGGACCAGGGCUACCACACGCUCGCGGAUUGUGGACCACCGAGGAGACGACGAGAUAAUACGCUUAGUGACGCGCUGUGGUUGAAGAUUUUGUCGUAUUUGGAGGUAUCCGACCUCUGUCGAAUGUCGCGGGUAUGUCGUCGAUGGUCGAGGUUUGCGUCACGGUUGCUGGCGCGGCCGGAUCCCUGGCGGCGGGUCCGAGCGACCGGAUCCUUGGAGGUUGCUGCCAGGUGCGCGGGCGCCCGGUCGGGGCUCUGCGCCGCGGCGGUGAGGGAGUGGAGGAUGAAGAACUGUGCGGUGACAGUCGCGGGAGCCCAAGUGGUAGCAGCCACUUUUAGGAACCUCACCCACCUGGCACUGACAGGUUCCACCAGUAUGGAUGCCAGAUCACUGGCACCACUGAUAACCGAUCUGCUUGAUUUACGGCAUCUCGAUCUGACGGGUUGUCCAAACGUCGACUGGCCAGAAUGGGCAUGGCUUGAAAGUCGAUUAGCAGCCAGAAGACCGCCCAUAGAGUACAUAGACCUGACUGACUGCAGUGGAGUGACUGACGCUGGGCUCUGUGCCUUGUUACAUACCUGUCCAACACUACAGUACUUAUAUUUGAGGAGGUGCACUCUAGUCACUGAUGCAGGCGUCCGGUGGGUACCCUCAUAUUGUGCGCUGAAGGAACUGAGUGUGUCCGAUUGCACGGGUGUCACUGACUUCGGACUGUAUGAGUUGGCCAAACUGGGCCCUGCGUUGCGAUACCUUUCUGUAGCCAAAUGUUCACAGGUAUCGGACUCAGGGGUACGCACGCUCGCGCGGCGCUGCUACAAGCUGCGGUACCUGAACGCACGCGGGUGCGGCGCGCUCGGCGACGACGGCGUGGAGGCCGUCGCGCGAGGUUGUUCUCGCCUGCGUGCGCUAGAUCUUGGUGCUACGGACGUAUCUGAGCAGGGCUUGCAGAUUCUAGCCCGUUGCUGCCCUAACCUCAAAAAGUUAGCGUUACGGGGUUGUGAAUUAGUCAACGACGAUGGCCUCGAAGCAGUAGCUUACUAUUGCCGAGGUCUCACACAACUCAACAUCCAGGAUACUCCAGUGACCCUACGUGGUUACAGAGCAGUGAAAAAGUAUUGCAAACGGUGUGUCAUAGAACAUACCAACCCGGGAUUUUGCUGAACUGUGGCAUUCAAUGGACACUUAGAGGCUUUUUUGUGGCGAUGAUUUAUGAAUGUAUACGAAUACGUGAGCUAAAAUGUGUUGAGAUGUUUUAAAUUGACAGCAUUAUGCAGUUCAGUGAAUAGGAGCUUUAUUGUGUUAUCUGUGGUGUUUGUGACGUUAUUUGAUUUUUUUGCUAUCUGUGGUGCGUUGACAUUUAAAAAUGGAACUUUUUUAUGGUGCUUUAGAAAUUACUCGUUUGUAAAUUGUAUUUAUAAAUAGAACAGCAAUGUGUAAAAAUAAAUAUGAUUUAUUUUUAAAUGAAAUUUGUAAAUAUUAAAAUCCAAAUUUAUUGUUAGCUUAGAUAAUAUUUGAUAAAUAUAUGUUUGUAUUUGAUUCCUUUAACUAUGUAUUUACAUUUAACAGAAAUCUCUUACUUUAUGGCACAUUAUAACAGACUAAACGAAUAUAAAACGUAUAAUGCUGAAGUACAUGAAUAAAAUUACGUAAUAACACAUUUUAAAUUAGAAUUAUUUAUUAUAUUUCUUAUAAAAGAAAUAUUGAACAAAAUGUUCAAAAUCCGGGCAAUGUUGCCGCAUUUUACGGUCAUUAAACAUCAAGAAGGCAAGACUUACUUUGAAAUCGUAUAGAUAACUUUUUACCAAUACAAAUUCGCUACUGACAUCGCUUAUAAGUUGUAAUUUUUAUCAAAUUCUAACCAAUUUAUGGAUACAUAUUUAGAGGAAAAUGCAAGAUCAUCAAGACGUAUUUUGAA